AUGGCUACCCCCAGUGUCCUUACCUUUGAUGCUGAGGGUCGUGCUGUUGACUUUGAGGUCUGGGUCGAUGACCUCCAGCUCUUCCUACAGUGCGAUAGGGCAGACGGACUCUCCCUGCUCGAUCUCACCUCUGGUGCCUCUACUGCCCCGCCUGCUGAUGCUGACAGCACUGUUCGCUCACAGUGGGCCACACGUGAUGCUGCUGCCCCUCUUGCUGUGCGUCGCCACUUACCGACCGCUGAGCCGGGAGACGCCGCACCGGCAAGGGCAAGGGGGUCAAGGGCGCUGGAGGGGCUGGCGGGGACGGUGGAGGUGGCGGUGGAGACAAUGGAGGGGGUGCGGGUGGUGGUGGGAGUGGUGACGGGGGUGGAGGUGUCGGUGGCAGCAGUGGAGGCGGAGGAGGCGGCGGCGGUGGUGGUGGGAGCGGAGGCGGCGGAGGUGGCGGAGGCGGCGGCGGCGGCGGUGGAGCUGGUCGCGGCUCUACGCAGAGGAGUGGCUCCGGUGGUGGUCCGCGCCACCAACAACAGCGCACUCGUGAGACCCCGUCCCCCCAGCAGCUUCGUGGGUGGUACGCUGGGCGUCAGCGAGUGCGGGGGCUCGCACUCCACCCAGCGCUGCUUCGGCCGCCUGACGGACGCUUGGCGUCACCAGUUCCCUGACGCCACUGAGAUCCCUCGCUGGGGAGAGCUGUCUAGGGCGGGGGUUGCUAUCUUUGAUCUUGACUAUGAUGCUAUUCUUGUUGCCAUGUAUGCUGGGUCUAAUAGUGAUGAGGGUGACUGUUACCUGUGUGUUCCGCCUGACCCGGGCAUUGAGGCUGCUGCUCUAGGUGCUGGUGAGGCUGCUGCUCUAGGUGCUAGUGCGUCUGGUGCCCCAGGUGCUGGUGAGUCUGCUCUCUCAGGUACCACGUCGGCUCAGGCCUUACACACCUUCACCCUUGACUCGGGUGCUUCCCGCUCCUUCUUUCAAGACCGCACCACGCUUACGCCGCUUAGUCGGCCGGUUGCGGUCUCCCUGGCGGACCCCUCUGGGGGUCCUAUCCUUGCUCACUUCUCCACUGUCUUACCGUGUCCGGCAGCCCCCUCUGGCACCCUGUCAGGUCUCUACCUCCCCUCGUUCUCUACGAACUUGACUCUCCUUUGGCACCACCGCCUUGGCCACCCCUCCUUACCUCGUCUCCGAGGCAUGGCCUCCCGUAUCCUUGUCUCUGGUCUCCCCCGGGCCCUCCCUCCCCUCCCUCCAAGGCCUGCCCCUACCUGCGUUCCCUGCGUCGAGGGGCGGCAGCGCGCCGCCCCUCACUCCUCCGUGUUUCCUCCGACAGAGGCUCCCCUGCGGACUCUUCACAUGGACGUGUGGGGCCCUGCUCGCGUCCGUGGCCAGGGUCACGAGCGUUACUUCCUGUUGGUGGUUGACGACUACUCGCGUUACACCACGGUGUUCCCCUUGCGCAGCAAGGGUGACAUCACUGAGGUGUUGAUCGACUGGAUCCGCACGGCUCGUCUCCAGCUCAGAAAGAGUUUCGGCUCGGACUCUGACAGAGGCAGGGAGUUCUCCUCUGCCCGUGUGGGAGCCUUCUGUCGUGCACAGGGCAUCCGCCAGACCUUCACGCUUCCGGCCUCUCCACAGCAAAAUGGGAUUGCUGAGCGCCGCAUUGGCAUGGUCAUGGACGUCGCUCAGACCUCCCCCACCUUGCGGUGGACGGGGAAGGUUGGCGAUGCAUCUGCGUUUUGUGUCUGGGGAUCUCGGGCGUUUGUCCGCGACUUGUCUGCGGACAAGCUGUCCCCCCGUGCUGUUCCCUGCGUCUUCCUUGGCUUCCCCCCCGACGCGCCUGGUUGGCAGUUUUACCACCCCACCUCGCGCCUUGUUCUGUCCUCCCAGGACGUCACCUUUGACGAGUCGGUGCCUUACUACCGUCUCUUCCCCUACCGCACUGCGCCCCUCCCCCCGCCGCCGCUCUUCCUUGCACCAGGUCCUCCCUCGGUAGACCCUCUCCCCCCUCAGGGUCCAGCCCCGUCAGGUGUGUCCCAGGUAGACGCAGUCAAGCCGGUCAAGGUAGCUGUUGACUCUAGUGCUGCAAGGGGUACUGAGCCUGCGGGUGCCGGGUCUGGGGGUGCUGAGCCUGGGGGUGCGGAGCCUGGGGGUGCUGAGUCUAGGGGUGCUGAGCCUGUGGGUGCCGAGUCUGGGGGUGCUAAGCCUGGGGGUGCGGAGCCUGGGGGUGCUGACUCUUGGGGUGCUGAGCCUGCGGGUGCCGGGUCUUGGGGUGCUGAGCCUGGGGGUGCGAAGCCUGGGGGUGCUGAGCCUGAAGGUGCGGAGCCUAGGGGUGUGGAGCCUGGGGGUGCUGGGUCUGCUCGUGUGGCCUGUGGCGGUGCGUCGUCGAGGCGGGAGCCACCCUCUCCGCAGGAGCUGCGCGAGUGGUUUGCCCGGCGCUGGAGCCAUGCUGCUGGAGCUGGAGGUGCUACUAUUGCUGCUGGUCCUAGAGGUGCUCCUACUAGAGGUACUGGAGCUGCUGGGACUGGGGGUGCUGCUGGGGCUACUGGAGUUGGUCCUGUUGGAGGUACUGCUGGAGCUUCUGGCGGUACUGGAGCUGACGGUCCUGCUGGAGCUGGAGCUGCUGGAGCUGGAGCAGUUGGGGGUGUUGGCGCUGGAGGUGCUGCUGGCGCUGGUGCUUCCGAGGGUGCUGGAGUUGGCGCUGUUGGAGCUAGAGGUGCUGCUGGCGCUGGUGCUGCCGCUGGGGGUACUGGUGUUUUUUCUGCUGAUUCUGGAGGCGCUGCGCGGCCGCGGCCGUACUUCGUUCCACUCCUUGAGCUGGUUCUUGGUCUCCCGCCUUCUACUGGUCCUGCUCCUCCCUUAGAGUGUCCACAGCCUAUCCAGUCGCGGUCACAGUUACAGCCCGCCUCCCCCCUGCCUGCUCCUUCUCCCUACACUGGUCCUACUGGAGGUCUUGCUGAGCGUCAGUCCUCUCUUCCUGUCCUUGCUGACUCGGAGUCUGACUCUCUUUUUGUUGCCAAUCCUACUGUCACACAUCUCCUGGCUACUGUUGUCACUCACCCUUCCUUUGAGUCCACUGCUGCGUCUGCCUUGGUUGCUGAGCUUGUCGACUUUGCUGCUCGAUGUCGUCUAGACUACGCUGCUAGUCUUGUUGCUGAGUCUGAGUCUGUCUGUCCUCCGUCCGUCGGGGGUGAGUGUGCUCUUAGCACGGACGUCCUUGAGGACAGGCAGGAGGAGUUCCAGUGUUUUGCGGCUGCUUUGCCUCAUCUCGUGUCCACGCUGAUUGCCCCUGAGGGAGACCCGGAUGCACGAGACAUCCCGACUCCUCGAUCGUACGCUGAGGCGAUCGAGGGUCCCUACUCUUCACAGUGGCAGUCAGCCAUGGACGCAGAGAUGGCUUCCUGGAAGUCCACAGGCACCUACGUCGACGAGGUUCCCCCACCUGGGGCGAACAUCGUCAGUGGCAUGUGGAUUUUCAGGGUGAAGCGGCCGCCGGGUUCUCCGCCUGUCUUCAAGGCGCGUUACGUGGCUCGAGGCUUCAGUCAGCGGCAGGGAGUUGACUACUUUCAGACCUUCUCUCCCACCCCGAAGAUGACCACUCUUCGGGUGCUGCUGCACAUAGCCGCUCAGCGCGACUACGAGCUUCACUCUCUUGAUUUUAGCACAGCUUUCCUGCAGGGCAGCCUGCACGAGGAGGUCUGGCUACGCCGCCCACCUGGCUUCACUGGGUCGUUUCCCCCUGGUACCAAGUGGAGCCUCCGGCGGCCAGUCUACGGUCUCCGCCAGGCGCCCCGUGAGUGGCACGGCACACUGAGGACUACACUUGCGGCUCUUGAGUUUGCUCCUUCUACUGCCAACCCGUCGCUGUUUUUACGCACCGACACCUCUUUGCCGCCGUUCUACAUCCUUGUGUACGUCGACGACUUGGUCUUUGCCACUGCUGACACUGCUGGACUCGCCCACGUGAAGUCCGAGCUGCAGAAGAGACACACGUGCACAGACCUGGGUGAACUCCGCAGCUACCUUGGCUUGCAGAUCACCCGGGACAAAGCACAGCGCACCAUUACCCUGACUCAGUCACACAUGGGGCAGCAGGUCUUUCAGCGCUUCGACUUCACGUACUCCUCGCCUCAAGCCACUCCUCUGUCUACUCGUUACUCGCUCUCAGCUCUACCUUCGGAUGAGUCUACAGAGCUGAGUGGCCCGUACCUAGAGCUUGUUGGCUGCCUCAUGUACCUGAUGACCUGCACACGACUGUUAUAG